AGAGAGUCCUGAUCUGAGCUGAGUGUCCCGCGGGUGGGAGGAUCUCCAGCACACAGGACCACGCGAACACACACGCAGAGGGUCAGCGCUUAUAACACACACCGGGGCGUCGUGGGAAAUUCCGAAUCAUUCGCUCUUUUUUUUUUUUUUUUUACGUAGUUACAAGAGGGAGAUUUUUAAAUAAGACGCCAUACGGAUAUGAGCACUUGACGGAGCUGUGGGGCGGCGAGACACAGGCGCUGAACAUUACCAUCUGAAACCCGACACACAGAGACAGGCAGAGACAGAGGGACACAGAGACAGAGAGGCCGGGGAAAAAAAUAUUGAAGCAGUCUACAUCUGGAUUUUGCUUGAGUUCCAAGACUAGAGAUUUAGCAGCAGUAUGGUUCGGUGUGAGGCUUGGCUCCUUAAGGGGCUUUUGGGUCUAACGUGGUUAUUACCCAUCUUGAUGAGCCAUCUGACACCUGUGCCCUGCAGUUCCCUGGAAACUCUGAAAGAUCAGCUCAAUUCAACAUUAAGGAGACGAUAUUUGAAACAUAACUUUCCUAUAAAUUACACCAUGCAAGUGCCUUAUGAAGAGGUCUUCAGACUGAAAAAUAUCAGCAAACUGAAAAAUGAUUCAGCAAGUGAGAGGGAUCUCCAGGUUUUGUGGGCCACGGUCACAGAAAAAAGCAUAGAUAGGAUUUUGCAGGUGCUGCCAGAGAGACAUCCAACAAGGCGUAAAUACCUUACAAACCUUAAGGAUCUCUUCAAGGUCAUCCUGGAAAGCAACCCGGAACUCAGGAUCUUAGAUGAGAGUAAGUCGGAAAGCAUCGAAAACAUUCUAACGCACCUGAAAGACGAGGACUAUCAGGGAUGGAAAUCCGUCAAACCUAAAUCCUUACUCGACAACUGUUAUCGGACCAUGCACUGCAUCUUUAACGAGUGCUUUUCAGGGAACAGCACCGACUACUGCCAAACUCAGCACUGGAGAAAAGGGAAGGAAGAACAGGGAUGAUAGAAGAUUCCCUAAGUGAGGAUGUUCUUCUGAGAAAUGCCCAGGGUCGCUGGCACGCUGCGCGUUUGUUAAUGUUCACAAAGAUGUUGCUUAAAGGCAUACCAGCGUUCAUACCUUCAUCCAUCCGGCAUAUAUACACACAUACAUUUGUGGAGUGGAUCCACUCAUGACUUUCCUUUUUGCUAUAGCAUGUUCCAUCUCAAGAGACUAUAGCCAACUCAAACAGGAAUUUAAUGGUGGUCUUAAUGAUAUUCUUGAUCCUGUGUGCCAUCAAGUGUAUAUAUAUAUAUAUAUAUAUAUAUAUAUAUAUAUGUGUGUGUGUGUGUGUGUGUGUGUUUUUCUACAGGCAAUAGAAGUAAUAUAUUGCAUGUAUAUGUUUUGCUGACUGCUGGCUUAGUCAGUAAAUUAUUUUCCUUUGCUUGGCGCUUUGAUAUAAGCUACAUUAUCAUAAAUAUUAAAUAUCUGUAUAAAUAUUAAAUGUCUGUAAUAAUACUUUUCCAGCGAUGAUUGUUUUUUUUUAAUGCAGUUUGUGUGUGUUAUUUAUUUAAAGACUAGAAAAAGAAAGAAUGUUCUAGUCACUGUUGGACAGAAAAAAAUAAACGUUCCUCUGGCUCCCC